AAGGAAGCUUAAGAGGGCGAAUGUGAAUUAAGGGGAAGUAGAAAAUACGAAAUGCAGAACGCACUGCUCUAAGAGGCUUCGUUGUGGUAUGUUUUGUCUUAUGUGCCAGCGCCCAGCAGUGCCAACGCUAUUUCAGUAUCUUUCUGCAGUUUGAUAUGCGUUAUACCGUAUAUUCGACAUUAGAAAAAAAAACUUAAAUUGUAAAAAACGCUAACGUUAGUUAUAUUCCAUGACAAAUGUUUUAUCUGCGUGCACACGCAAUCUGUAAAUGCUGGUAAUCACCACAUUAUCUACUUAAAUGCUAGAAUCAUGUCAGUUGUACCUUCUUUGGUUCGAUGGAAAAUGCUAGUAAAAUAAUACAGAGACAAAAAUAGUAAUCCAAUUCAGUAAAUAUUUUAUUAUAAUAAUGGGGGCAUUUUUGGAUACACCUAAGACAGAUAAAUACAAUGAGCAUGGUGAAGGUAAUGGAUUGCAUUAUGCAGUCGCCUGUAUGCAAGGUUGGCGAAUGGAAAUGGAAGAUGCUCAUAGGGCGUUAACUGGUCUUGAUGGAGGCCUUGCUGACUGGAGUUACUUUGCAGUGUUCGAUGGUCAUGCUGGUGCUUCAGUAUCAGCCCAUAGUGCAGAACAUUUAUUAGAGUGUAUAAUGCAAACAGAAGAAUUCAAAGCUGAAGAUGUGAUAAAAGGAAUACAUUCAGGAUUCUUGAGCUUGGAUCAUAAAAUGCGAGAUCUCCCACAAAUGUGUAAUGGUACUGAUAAAUCUGGUUCUACAGUGGUAUGCGCAUUUAUAUCACCAAAAAAUAUAUAUAUUGCCAAUUGUGGUGAUUCACGAGCGGUUCUCUGUCGAUCGGGUAAUCCAGUUUUCUCAACGCGCGACCAUAAGCCAGGUUUACCGGCUGAAAAAGAAAGAAUUCAGAAAGCCGGUGGUUGCGUCGUCAUUCAACGAGUAAAUGGUUUACUUGCCGUUUCACGAGCACUAGGAGACUACGAAUACAAGAAGGUCGAAGGCCGUGGACCUUGCGAGCAAUUAGUAUCUCCUGAACCGGAAAUUUUCGUACGUGAAAGAGACAACGAGCAGGACGAGUUUUUGGUAUUGGCAUGCGAUGGAAUUUGGGACGUUAUGACCAAUGAAGCCUUGUGUAAUUUUAUUCACUCUAGGCUACUUAUCACUGACGAUUUGGAAGCAGUCAGUAAUCAAGUUAUAGAUACUUGUUUAUAUAAGGGAAGUAGAGAUAAUAUGAGUAUAGUAUUGAUUACGUUUCCUGGCGCUCCAAAACCAAGUCCUGAGGCUAAAAAGAAGGAAGCAGAACUAGAUUUGUUUAUUGAGAGGACGAUUAAAGAUAUAGUUUCACAAGAGGAAGAUAAAAAGGACUUUGAGUUUAUGUCACUUCUCCAUAUUUUGAUGCAACAUAGCAUACCUAAUUUGCCUCCUGGGGGUGGUCUUCCUGCAAAGCAAAAGUUUAUCGAAAAUGUUUUUCGACAAGAAUGUCCUAACAGAGCGGAUAGUAUAGGUAUCAUGUAUGAUUUUCUUCAAUUCAAUUAGUGGCUGAUUUUAUUUUAAAUCUCAUCAAAUGUACAAAUACAAAAGUAAUAUAGAUUUUACUAAAUACGUAUAAUGUAUCCUUCAUCAUGGAAUUUGCAAUUUAUAUAAAUUGAUUGUUGACUAAAAAGCGAUAAAUGUAAUGACCACACUUUAAUAACUAAAUCUUUUAUUGCGACAGUCUUAAUAAAUUUAUCAUUAUUGCGAUAUCAGUCAGUAUAUGCGUUUCGUAAGCAUAUUUACUGAAAGGCAAAAUUUUACUUUUGUUUUUUGUAUUAUAUUUUUUUUUCAAAUCAAAUUAAUCGAUGUAUGAUUGUGUAUAUUUAGAUUUAAUUUCACAGAUAAGGAACGAGAUAAUUUUUAGCUGUGAACAUUCAAUGUUUCAUGAAUGAUUAAUAAUGACGAAAGAAAUUCAAAGAUAUUGCUAUCAAUUGCAACUAUGAUAGACAUUUUAUUAUUUUAUUAUU